UCAUUGUUCCUGUCUGGAUGAUGUUGAUUCACUCGUCCUCCGCUGCGGGAGCUCGGCUGGGAUUUAAGAUGAAGCUGUUAGUGCUGCUGCUGUUGGCCUUGCCUGCUCUGCCCUUAGACAGCUCCAAGAACGAAACCAAACUGAUUCGUCGAAUGAAACCAAGUCUGGGAAACAUUGUUCCGUCUGGUCCGGUGCAGCUAAACAAGCGAGGUGGGUCUCACUCUUUGAAUAUGGAUCAAACCAACCUCAAAUGGGAGACCUGGAAGGGUUCUCUUCCCAAUGGAGCUGUUUCAAUCUACAAUAAAUAUGUUGGACACACCGACUAUGUAUGUAAGCAUGGCUGUAACGCCGGCUUCUACCGGCCUCAAAAGGGCCCUUAUUGCCACUAUUCUCAUAAAAAGGUGGGGCAUCAGACCUCCCAGUUUGAAAUCCUAGUGAACAAACAAAACAUUGAGUUUUUGGAGUGGGAAGAUGCCUCUCAUGGCUCAGUGCCUCAACAUUCAGUCAUAACCUGUGCAGGCAGAAAUGCUGUAUAUGUUGGGAAGAACAAGUAUGGGCUAGGGAAGGUGGUUCCACUGGGAAAAGCCUUCUACCUUCCCUGGAAAAAGACAGAGUACUGGUAUUAUCACUACCAAGUCUUGACCUUUAGCAACGAUGUAGUCAGUGAGGACAUUUCUGAUGUCAAGUACAAGAUGAAUCAGGCAAAAAUUUACACGUUCCCUCCAAAGACCAUAGACACGUCAAGUAUCAGCAACAAUCAGUGCCAGUUGGUAUCAAAGACAGUGACCCUGACCACGACAACUCAAGUGUCACAAAAAUGGGACCACAGCUUUUCUCUCCAAAUGGGAGUCAAGAAAACCUUCACUGCAGGGAUUCCCACAAUAGCCUCUGGACAAAUUGAGCUGAGUAUGCAGGUGUCCUACCAGUUCACCACGGGGACCACUCACACCGAAUCAAACAGUCACUCCGUCUCCAUUAAGUACGAUGUUCCACCAAACAACCUCUGCACUGUCAAGAUGGUGGGAAGGAAGAGUGAAGUGACGGUCCCGUACACGGCUCGACUCAGACGCACCUACCGCAACGGAGAGACCAGAGAGGCGUCCUUCACUGGAACCUACAAGGGAGUCCAAUUUGGACAAGUGGAGGCCCUUGCGGGUCGUUGUGUACCCAACACUGGUGCCAAGCCUUGUCCUGGAGCCGGAUAAACGCAAAACUUUAAAUGAAGCAGAACAGAGCUAAUCAGGCUUCGCUCAUAUUUAGGCGCUUUAGAACAGUUUAGUCAUUCUUUCAGUGUGCUUUCAGGACGCAGGAAGCAUUGCCUUAAUUCGUGUUGUAAACGUAAAUGAAGUAAAGAAGUGUAAUGAAGCUGGUCCUCCAGAGGAACAGAGGAAGCUCAACAAGCAUCACAGCAGCCUGAAAGGAGCCGAAGGAUGAGAAGGGACACUGGCCGUGAUCAGAGAGACGGAGUGUUGAAGCCAACUUUAUUUUAGAUGAAUUCAUGUUUGUAGGAAUAAAUGUAAUCUGUAAAUCAUUCAUAAAAGUAAAUUAAGGAUGGAUGCCACAUGUCCUGACAAGUCUACUGAUUCUUUUCGCACAAGACAUAUUUGCUGCUUUGCUCUUAAUAAAAUAAAUUAGCUGCAUUUCAAGCAGGAGUCUUCUGUUUUCA